AUGCGCGGAAAGAGGGACUACCUUGAUCCACUCAACUUGUCCAAGCUGCGCUACUUCAUCCAGAAGGGUCGCCUGGACACCCGCUUUCCCAUCACGCAACGCCACCUGCAGGAAUCCAGGUGUGUGAAGAGAGUCAAGAAAGGUGUGAAGCUGUUCAACGUGAACGAUUUUCCCUUCCCUUACAAGAUCGACAUUGAGGUUGCGUCCGCCGACCAAAGCUCAAUUGAUGCUAUCAAAGCAGUCGGUGGAACGGUGACCGUGGUCUACAUGGAGAGAGUUGCUUUGCGUGCGCAUAUCAAGCCGUGGAAGUAUGAGGUCUUGCCAAGAACCGCACGACCCGGCUUGAAGAUGACCACCUACAUGGAGAAGAUGAAGGCUCGUGGCGCCAUCGUCAGGUACAUCAAGCCGCUUUGGCUGAUUGAAGAAGAAAAACGUCUUCAAACUCAACUGCGCGAGUUGAGGGGCGAGGACCCUCUGCACACACCCACCGCAUCAAGUGUUGAUCGUCGCCGCCAGUGUUGUUGUGGGGAUGCGAGCAGUGUGGGUGUGAGUGUCAUAGAGAGGUUGUUGCUGUUUCUGCUUUGCUAUUCAUUCCAACCCGCCCUGUGGGAUUGA